UCUACUUUACAAUUUUCACACACACUCAAAUACUCUCUCUACAGUUCUACUCUCUUAUCCUUCUAGCUAUUUACGAUGAAGAAUUUGAUGAGGCGAUUCUCACGAGUUAUGGACUCAUCGCAAUACAGUCUACUCCAAUCUUCCGUCGACGGAGCAGUUUCUGUCAAGUCUCGUCGAUCCAGACCGGUGCCGGAAGGACAUGUUCCUUUGUACGUUGGAGAAGAGAUGGAGCGGUUUAUAAUCAGCGCUCGGCUCCUGAAUCAUCCGAUCUUCGUGAAGCUUUUGAAUAAAUCGGCGCAGGAAUACGGUUACGAUCAGGAAGGUGCUCUUAGGAUACCCUGCCAUGUCCAUGUAUUUGAACGCAUCCUUGAGGCUCUCCGAGUUAGUCAUGAUGAUCACCGUUCUUCUUCUAUCCUUCAAGAUCUGCUUAAUUCCAUUUCCAUCUCCGAUGACUUUCAGUUCACUAGCUAGCAAGCUAGCCUAUAAUCAAUCAAUCGAUCGAUCGAUCGCCUCAUGAUCUGGUGAUAUUGCGAGAUUAUUUUUAUUCGUUAAUCAUCAAUCAUGUACGUACAGACUCUCUGUUACAGCUAGCUUCGGAAUUCGGAUUAUAUAUUAUUAUACAGGAUCGAAGAGGAUUUCAUUAAUUCAUGUGUUUGAUUAUUCUUGUAGAAAUUAUUAAGUUUAAUUUUUCUUCAAUUCAUCAAGCAGUAAGUAACCGCAAAAUUACUGUUACUAUAUAUUCAUUUUUCUUAUUAUCUCUCCUUCUGAUAAUUAGUUGUAACUGUCUCACCGGAAUUC